GCCAAUUCCGCUCGACAUUAAUGGGGUGAACGUACUGGGGUGGAAUUAAGUUCCGCUCCACCUGCGAUAGCCCAGGAGCCAACACGUAUUAAAUACACACCAGCUACAAACGCCCGCGACCGUGAAACCUGGGACCAGUCCCAUCUUUCUAGACUUCCCCAAUCUGUGGCUGGCUCAACUUUCCGCUGCUUCGGCGAGUGAUUAAACAGGGAACGGUCCCUCGCCGGGGGGCAGGCUCACGUCCCUCUCGCCCGCAUCAAUGGCCAUCCCUGAGGACGUCAGGCGACUUCUGGAAGACGCGGAAUUCUUUGUCGGAGAGGUACUCCACGGUGAAAAGCUGAGCAAAAAAACCAAGGAGAAAAGAGAGGCGCUGCUGGAAGGGUUCCGACAGGUGAAGUACAGAUAUCAACAUGAGUUUCAGCUGAGAGGAGAAGGUGGGGACCUGGACCCCAGUCAGGAGGAGAGCUCUGACGAUAACCAGAGCCUGACAAACGCUCCGUCCGGCCCUUCGGACAACGCCUCUGUGGCCUCAGACGCCCAGGAUGAUGCACAAUGUGAAGACAUCACCAUGGUCCCGCCUCAAGAGUUGACCAGCAUUCUGAAGCAAGGCUACCUGGAAAAGAAGCGCAGAGAUCACAGCUUCUUUGGUUCGGAGUGGAGGCGUCGUUUCUGCGUGCUGAACACCAACAUAUUCUACUACUACGGCAGUGAGAAAGAUAAGCAGCAGAGAGGCGCGUUCUACGUACACGACGCCUACCUGCUUCAAAACCUCCGGAAGGAUCCCAAGAAAAACUGUUGUUUCGAGGUGAAGAGUGUGGACAGGAAGGUGUACCAGUUCACUGCUCUGAGCGUGCGGGAAGCCAAGGAGUGGGUGGAAGACAUCUUGUUUGUGUUGAAAGACAUGAACUCCAGCUUCAUCCCAGUGGAGGAGGAGGGCGAGGAAGAUGACGAAGAUGGAGCAGUGGUGGAGGAUGAAGAGGAGGAGUUGCUGGAGGACACGUACGAUGACGUGGACGCGCCCGGCGCCGAGCAGCGAUCCCUCCCGAGUGUCCCGGCAGCCUGCGCGGACGAAAACCAGGACGAGGAUAUUUAUGAAGAGCUGCCAGAGGAUGACUUCCCUCCACCCAUUCCGCCAGAUAGCGAGGACGACGAGAACGGCAGUUCAGGCAACGGCACCCUGGAUUACAAGGACUUCUACCUGGGACUCUGGGAUUGCACGGGAGCAGAGGCAGACGAGCUGUCCUUCAGACGUGGUGAUGUGAUACGUGUGCUGAGCAAGGACUACAACGCAUACGGGUGGUGGGUUGGUGAGAUGGAAGGAAUUAUCGGGAUCGUCCCAAAGGACUACCUCAUGACUGCCUAUGACAUGUGAAGAAGCAUCGCGGCGGAUCCCACCAGCGGCCGGCCUCAGCCCACCCUUGUCCAGACCGAAGGCAGGGCGGGUGUGAGCUUGUCAGCGGAUCGACGGUGAAAGGAAGUUUCUUUGUGGCCGGUUUUGAGUGGUGACCGGGGGCAGCUGGAGUUGGGGAGCAGGAAGAUCAGAAACUUGCGCGCUCUCUCCUGCAUCCAAAUAAAGACUUGUUUCACCCA